AGCGACGGCUCACAGCGGCGCUGCUCGUGCGGGCUCGCGUGGUGGCUCGCCGGGGGCUCGGUGGCCACGAUUGUGGGCCUGGCCGUGCUCCUGGCAAACUACGCCGACUACGCUCGAUUCGGUGCCGCGUCGGGGCUUGCGUCACGACGUACGAACGCAAGCGUUGUGCUGUACGUCACAACGCACGCCUCGGAUCAACACAUGAGUUUUUUAGAGUGUUUGCCGCCGCUGAUAGCACGUUCGCCGAUGCUUUCGAAGGUGGACGUCAUCGUGUACGUCGGGCAGGAUAAUCUCACCGACAGCAUGAAGAAUGAGAUCACCCGGUUGUUGGAUACGUGGCCCGUGGGGAAUCGUUUCGUCCAUUUCGGUAACAAUCCCGGCUACCAGGAGGGCGCAAUGAAAGCUGCCCACGUGGGAUUUUCCAGCGGAUGGUUCCGUGGCUACGAUUGGGUUAUCAGGGUCAAUCCUGACGUUGUGAUCUACGACGAGAGUCUGGUCUGGCCUCUCAUGGAGAAGGCAGAGAAUUGGGGCGUCUUCGUCGCUUGUUAUGAGGACUGCGAAGCCUAUCACCAUUCUGGCUGCGCCCCUAACCAGACCCACACCGACUUCUUCGCCGUGCGGCCGUCCCGCGUGCCACGAGAUGCCUUCGCAGACUGGCCGACUGCUCACAAUUCGGAGAGGCAGGCAACCGCGGCAUUCAAAGACAUAUAUGCAGCAAAGGCCGACGUAUACCUCCCGUGGAAGUGGCCGACGGGGUACGGGGGUUGCCGUGUGCAUGGGGGCGGUGUAUGGCACAGCGUGCACUUUUGCCCCGAGUUUCUGGAUAACCACAAUCUUUCGGGUUAG